AUGAGAUCUGAUCCCAAACAAGAAACUGAGCAUGCCCUGAAGAAUGUUGACGAAGACAGGAAGAGUGUGCAACGCGCAGUGUGCUACAACUUCGCGAUAGGAGUGCUAGUGACUCUUCUAAUUCUUUCUGUUCCUGGAGCGGAGGCGGGUUACAUACCCAGCGAGGACGAUCGUCCUAUAAAUAUGAGGGUGCAGUGCGCGUCUUCCGGAUCACAGCAAACCAACAUAGAUCCGAUAGGAUACGUCAUUAGUGCAAUUUCUCCCGCAUUCUAUUUGAUACUGUUUUUGGUGCUUAACAAAAUGGGAUUUGCGCUUCCAGCAGCAGCACCAGCACCCACACGCCCAGCGGAGUCCGCGCAUGAGUCGGCUCAGCCCCUUAUCACUCCCCUAACCAGCCAUCCCGCCAGCGGUGUUGGCUGGCGCCGCGAGCGUUGGGAUUCCGAUCCCAGCGCCCCAGAGAUUCUCUAUGUUGACCUCAGGGAGAAUCCUAAAAAGACGGGGAACGCGGCUGGGAUAUCGCCGUACGAUUCGAGGGGACACAGCGCAGAACUCCGCAAAGUUCUCGCUGUUGACCUGAGAACAAAACGCAUACAUUCGGAAGUCGUAAACUGUUCCGAAACAGGCAGGAUCAGCAGAAAAAUGGAGAAGAAAGGCUUCCACAGGAUGCUACGGUGGUUGCAAUCGAGGGAUUUCCCUAUCCGCUCGAUUGCAACUGACCGCAGCCCGAUGUACGGGACCGAAAUCAACUCGUACAAUGUGGAAAUCGGUGAGCAGAUUGAGUGGAGGCUUGACCCAUGGCAUCUUGCGACAUGUGGACCUACAUCUUCGGGCGGUCUCAAAACGAAAGGGAUACGAGGUGCUAGCAAAGAGGACAAAAUCCAUUAA